AAACCUCCCUCUUCUUUCUUAUUCCUUUCUUUUCCACGAAAUAAAAUUUCAACCAAUUGUUUGGGGUCCCUCUUCCUUACAUAAUGUAGACUUAAGUCAUACAAGGCAAUGGAUGAAAAAGCAUCCCCACCCGAUCUUCACCAGUUAACAUAUCCUUGUUUCUAUCUAUUUAGGACGCCAAACUGUGAGGUUGACGGUUUAAACAACACUCGGCUACUUCUUGCUUUCAAGUCCUGGGGUGUUGGUUUGUGAUUUCAUUUCCUUCUCUUAGUACAAUGGCUGAUAUGUCUUGUGGUAUACCUGAAAACCUGGAGAAAAUUGAGCGUGUAGUCAGUCGUGUAAGAAGGAACUCAACCGGUAGCCUAGGAUUUGAAAUAGGUGGAUCCAAGGUCUUGUCACGUUAUCUUGGCGUUCCAACAGGUUCUUGUCACGAUAUGUGCAAGUCUGGUUUCGAACAUGAUUCUCCAACAAAGGCAAAGAUUCCCCGGCCCACAAGAAGUGGAGCAACAUUAGGAAAAAUCCCAGAAAGGAAGAAACUAGCAAACUCAACUAAACAAUUUUCAGAAAUCAAGAUCCAAAAAACAUGCCAUGUCAAUGGACAGGAAAUCCCAACAUCCACCAAAAGAGCAGAUGCUUUUGCAAAUCAUCAAUGUGAUUCCAAGCUGAAGCCUUUAGAAGAAAAUGCAUCAAGAAGACAUCACAGAAGAUACAGCGACAUAUUUAUACCGGGGAGGUCUUCAAAAUUUCAGGAGUCGUUAUUGGAUGGAUCAAGCAGUAGACAAAACCACAGCUGUAAAAUAGAGAAGGACAGUGGAUCCUCCGAGCUAAGCAAGAAAAAGAGUGUUGUUACCUCAACUGUAUCAUUGUCUCCAAAAUCUUCAGUGAAGAAGGUAUCAAGCACAACAUCCAGUAACAACUCUCCAAGAAAGGCAUCUCAAUUUAACAGUAGGACUAGUCUUACACCAAGCAAAACUGCGCAAAUCAAUCAUGAAAAUGUUCCAAAGAAGACGUUGCAUCUUAGAGAAUCAAAUAAUAGUAAUGCCAAAGAAUCCUCUUUGGAUCGAUAUAGUCCAGCACGAGGUAAGACGGCUUCAUCACCACUUUGCACUCCAUCCUCUCCUCUAUCUUCAGGUGGCAGUAGCUCAAGAAACAUUGGUACCACCCAAUCUUCCGUUUCCUCAUCUUCAUUGGUGUCGCUAUCAUCAACUUCAGCCAAUGAGUCUUUUAACAGUGAUGUAACAGGCGUUAGCACCAGACAAACUGGAAAUACAAACCAGAAGCAAGACAUAAAACCUCAAAGGGUGGCUGGACAAGUUGGCCUAGAAAAUGAAGAUUGCAGUCCUAAGAUGCUCAAGUUCAAAAAGGGAAAGACAACUGAUUCCCAGUCUGAGAAAGACAGUAGUCCAAGGAGACUAAAAUAUAGGCAAGUCUCCGUUCAAGAUCAUGAGCGCGAAAAUGAAAGUGGUGAUCUUAGAGGAAAAGGCUUGACAAGAUGUAUUGCUGAUGACCAUUCAGGUACUGCUAAAGAUGAUGUUAUGAAAGUAAAUCUUCGGCCUCAGGCUAUAGAAGAUACAAAAGAAGCUCCAAGUUUGUUCAACAAUGUGAUUGAAGUUACUGCAAGCAAGCUUGCCGAGACCAGGAGAAGCAAGGUCAAGGCAUUGGUUGGUGCUUUUGAAACUAUUAUUUCCCUUCAGCAUCCAAAAUCCUCUCCAGCAAUUGGGAGAUCAUAAACUUACUUUUCUCUUUUUGACAAAGGAGUCUGCGAGGGAGGUGCAGGAAUUUAAGCAGUAUUUGUAUGAUACUAAUACGUUGUUACUGUCGUUGUGACUAUAUUACUUUAGCUAGUCAUAGGGAUUGAUCACUCAAAUUUGAUUUCUGAUCGAGUUAAUGAGUGCUUAGGACAGUCAAUUUGGUUGAGUCUUAAGACAUUCUUGGAUGAGUAACUCACCCAUGUAUGCUUUCAGUAGCUGAGGCGCUUGUUAGCGUAUUAACUCUUAACAUCAAGUACUGGAUUUUAUUCUGCAUAAAAGCAUAGUCCAAAUUUUUUUGUUGAGGGGAACAUGCUGUUAUUUGCUUCUUAGUCUUGAAUUCUCUAUGUCUAAA